ACUGAAGCUGCUGAUUAACAAUAUUUUGCACAAUGUUCAGUAUCUUUAAACAAGGUCACAGUAAGUAUUCAUGUUAUAUCACAGAACUUUAUCCUGGUCAUUAAACGCAUUGUUUAACUUGCUCUGAAACCUGGCACCUCGAAGUCUAGUCAUCUAGUGGGCCAGAUUGGACCCUUUGGCGGGCCGGUUCCGGCCUACGGGCCACAUGUUUGACACCCCUGGUCUAGACUGAUAAGUAGCACUACAGAUAAUAUUUGUUUUAUAUUUUGAAGUGAAAUGUCCCUUUAAGUGGAGGCUUCUUCAGUGACACUACAAUACAUUUCAAGCCUGACAUACUUCUCUCUCUCUCUUUCUUUGCCUCCUCCUCAGGAUGCAUUAGAAGACUAAUUUUGGGGAAAAGGCAGAGAAACAGAUAAAGUUUUGGAGUUGCAGCUUUUAUCUUGGCUGCUCUUUAGCUCCUCCAAACAGUUGUACUAGUGAGAGUGGUGCACUUACACUCUGCAGUAAUGACUGUUUUGGUGCCCCCUGGUGCACAACACAGGCAUGCAUUAUGAAUUUUAUUAGUGCCUUAGGAACAUUGAUCAUGAGCUGCAUAACUGGAGAGCAUGAGAUUCCUCCAUGGAUCAGCUGAGAGAAAUCAUGCUGCUCUUAAUCAAUCCUGCCACUUCAACAUGAGGGACAUGUUCUCAUCAGACAUUCUCACCACUGAUCCAUGACUGUCACUACUCAUUUCCUUCAAGAUAUUACAUUGAAAUUAAAUUUUCAGCAUCGGCUGGUGUCUUCUGACUAUCUCCAGGAGUGUAGAAAGCCUCAUACUAACCCGUCCCUCAGGACCAGUUGCCAAAACUGGGCCAUCCCAGGCUUGAGCUGGGUGGCAAAGCAGGAGAGACCUCAACUGUUCCCGGCCAGCGACAGUGUGUGUGGUCGCUGCUCCAGCGCAGAGAAGGAGGCGGAGGAAAUUGAGCAACCUGAGGAGGACGGUGCAGGCCAGCUGCCAGAGAGUGAUAACUUACCACGACGGUUUCGCCAUCAGAGAGGUGAAAUCCAAGACGGGAGGAAAGCUCAGCAUCACAGAGCUCUUAAUGCAGGGUCCAGUCUCCAUGGAGACCCCGUCCCCAACAUAAAGGUCUCCAUCAAAGGGCAGCUGAAAUCUCCUUCGGGGACAGAGAAGACCCCCCCUCAAGAAUCUUUCGUCUCCCAAGUGCCAUUAAGAUUACAGAUCAAAGUGUCUGGCCGGAGGGGUAGUUUGGGAAUCAGCAUUGCUGGUGGGAAAGGCUCUCUGCCUUACAAGGACCAUGAUGAGGGCAUUUUUAUUUCCAGAGUAAAUAAAGGGGGCGCAUCAGAAAAGGCAGGGGUCCAUGUUGGAGAUAGAUUGCUGGAGGUCAAUGGCCUCAACAUGCAAGCAGCGACCCACCACGAGGCAGUCAGUGCCCUCAGGAAUGCUGGGAGCUGCAUCAAGAUGAAAGUACUCAGAGAGAGGCUGCUACCCCGAGGACAGGCGUGUGACCCCGAAGACCCUCAGGAUCCUCAAAACAUGACGGGGCGACAGUUGUGCAGCCAGGACGGUGGAGGCCAGAGAGACAAACAGCCCAAGAUGGAGAGCGUGGAAGACUGUUUGUCCAAGAAGAUUGAGGCGGUUGUCUGCAACGGCAACGGCGUUUCUGAUUUGGAGAGCGACCUGAACAGGACCUUGUCUCAAAUGGAGGCGCAGGCCUUGAUAAAAAAUGACUCACUUCAAGGGGGAAAACAGACAAUGACAAUCCCGCGGAUCAUCCUCACUCAUCCCUCUACCUCAGAUGAAGAUGUGGAGUUCUUGACACAGAUCCCCAGCAGAGAGCCGGUACAUGACUCUGACAUUCCUGACAGACACAUGCACUGUUUUGACAGUGCUUUCUACCCACCUUGACCACAGCGUAGGGGUACAAACAUGAAGGACACAGACUGUUAUUACCCAGCUCUUUUUUUCAUGUUACUGAGGUGGAUUAGUGUAAAACAAACUGUUGGAAUGUGUUUUUUAAGCUUUUUGUCUGUCAGAUUCAAUUGCUGCUAAUAGUAUUUAGUGAUAUUAAAGUCAUUUGCAAGAAUGAAUUUUAAAACUUUAUUUUUAUUACUAAAAACCACGGAGUUGAACUGUGCUACGACAUUGAAAAUAGACUGUAAAAGCAUGAACAGACGGCUCUCUGAUGUCCAAAUGAACUACAUGUCAUUAUAUUAAACACAGUCAAUAAAGGACGAACGCUGCUGGCUACCUCUACUUCACACCACUGUGCUGUAAAUUAUGGAUGUGCUGGUAAAUAGUGUCUCUUCCCAUGAAAAUGUGAAGCCCUCAAACUUUUAUAGUCUGUACUGAGAUAAAAUGUCACGCAGAGUGAACAGGGAACACAUCAGGGAGUCUGAAUCCUGCAGCGUCCUGAUCCAGACUGAACUGAACAUCGUCCCACGCCUCCUGUACAAGCUAAAUUCAGGAUGGUGAGUUAGGCACUCUGCUUUCUGAGCAGAAAAAGAGAACUGUCAUUUUGCUUGUCAACACCUGCUUUGUCUUAUUUCACAGCUUUUACAUUCUCGCAUUAGAAACAGUUUAUUGUUCAGUGUUCAUUUUCUCAUUAAA